AUGUCUGGUGGUAGGAAGCAAUUGAACAAGAACCAGCAAUUUAAGCGGCAAAAAGUGAGGGAUGCAAGGACUAUACGGGCAGAAGCGGCUGGCUCUAAUGAGCUGAGCGAAAGUGGCGGGAUGCUGAAGGUGCAGGAGUUUAUUGGAUCCCGAGAGUAUGAGAUUAGGCAAUUGCAAACAGCUAUGGAUAAAUCAAAGGCUGCUAGUUGUACAAGAGUAUUUCAAUCGCUGCCGAGGAAACUGCGUAGACGUACUGCUUCGCACAAUGUGAAAAGGAUACCAAUGAGAAUGCGUAAUAGGGCUCUACGUGAGAUGUUGAAGAGUGAUCAGACGACUACAAGCAAGAGUGGAAAGGGAAAAAAACAUGGGUUGAAUGCAUACCAGUUGUAUAGAGCAAAGAUGUCGGCGAGACUGCUGAGAUUGGCUGGUAAGUGUACUUCGAUGAAGAUCGCUUUACCUGCGGAUGUGACUGCAGCGAAUUGUAAUCUGAGACAGAAAUUGAGAGUUUUGCGGAAGACUUUAAAGCCGGAGAAUCGCGAUUCUGGGCGUUUACUGACCAACCGUACGGGCAGUUAUGAUAAUAUGAGCGUGGGGGCCCUGGCUCCCAUCCCUAGAGGUCGAGUCAAGUACUGUAAGAGGCAGAGGCAUUUUACUUGGCUUCCAACCCAUAUCUGGCAUGCGAAGAGGUCUCAUAUGAUCAAGAGAUGGGGAUUCCAAGUUCCUUGGUCACCAACUCAGAAAUGCUUUAAGAUGGCUCACAGGCUUGGAGGAAGUGUUGCUGCUUCGGAUGGAGCACUGUGCAUGGAUUCCAGUUUCUAUGGGACAAUGAUUCUUCGAGAUCUGAGCGGUGGAGAUUCGGAACCGCUGAAGGAAUUAGUGUCGAAGUUGACUAAUAAGCGUGGGGUGAUUAGAAAGUAUAGGGAUUCAAAAACAUGGUUCGAAGGAUUUGUGCAUGAUAUAAGUGAGGAAUCGCCUGUCGUCCUGGGUGAAAUGGAUUUGCUGUGGAUUGAUUUCGGCACCGCUCUUAUAAGGCUUCAUCCAUCAAUAUACACCAGGGUUUUUGAAAUUUUGUUACAGAAAUUGCCAGAAGGACUACAAAUCGAAGAUUGUCGAUAUGCUCUCGGUAGUAUAACGCUUAAAGGCGCGAAAUCGUUAGUCGCACUUUCGUCGAUAUUGAGGAGCAGUGGUCCUUCCUCUUCGUAUCAGCAGUUAAAGAGGAUUUCGAGAGUUACAGAUACAAGUAACCUACCACACAGGACGAUGUUUGCAUUUAACUGCGUAGAUCCCAGGCAUCUGUCGAGACCAAGACGGGUUCAUACUUCAGAUGUUAAUGGUGUUCCCACAACAGACGAUAUAGUAAGCUUACAAAACGACUUUCCACUAGAAGAAGUUACGGCAGUGUUGAAGAGGUUGUGUACCGCAACUGAAAGGGACCAAUCUUACAAUAAUCAACAAACUCUAAAAGAACUCGCUAAGAGACGACAAGCGCUGUUAUCAAAAACUCCAAAUCAACACAAGAAUAUAAUUCCAUAUGGAUCAGAAGACCCAUCUAUACCCCUGUUACUGGCCAAGAGACAACAGAAUAAGGACUGGGUUAUAGUUCUACCCUGGUUCUGGUUGCUACCAUUCUGGCACCAACUUAACAGAGUCUCUCGGAUCUAUCACUUCGGGCUCAGACAGCAGCAGCAGCUAAACUAUGAGAAUAGGAAGCUGUAUUUCCCUGAUGACUACCCAUUCACCGAGGUUGGCUACGCUGAGAAUACGUAUAAGGGAGAUGCCCUGAGAAGUAGAUGGCAGAAGAAGCCACUUUCUAAAAGAGUAAAUUUUGAAAAGAUACCAGGACUGCACAAAGACUCUGUUCCCGCAUUUGAUGGUGAAAUUGGUGACGCUUUCACCUGCGAUUGGAAACUCUUGCAACUACUGAGAAAUGGUCUCACCUUUCUGAGCGAGAAGCCAUUGAAACUAGUCGAAGUCGCCAAGACAUCGCAGUUUGGUCCCAACGGGGUGCGAGAGAUCCAGACGGUAAACGAUAUUUUUGAGCUUCACAAAGACCUCAACGCCGUCGAUCAAACUUUGAGCGACAAUCCUAUCAAGCUUUCUGUCCCUGGCACAAGCUCGGGAGAGCAGCAAUGGCAAGAACCAAUCCAGCUGUCAAUAAGCCAAACCGCACUCAAUGUAAUUCCAGUUUCAUGUACCUACAUCGAGAGAGGUCGUCCCAGAGAUAAUGCAAGAAUUUACCAAAUACCAGCUCAAGACCGAGAACAUUGGCAAAAAGUAAAAAAUGGUAUAUAUCGGGCAGACGGCAGACUGGACCAUGAAAUAGAGCACCCUGUGCCAUCAAUCACAGACCUUAUUGGGUUCAUCACAAGCGGCGCGUUCCAUCUUGGUGAAGGCAAAGGUGUCGCACAUGGUUUCAUCGACGCCAAAACCAACGAUUUCCAAUACGUACUAAUACGAAACGUUGGCUCUACGACUUAUAGAAUGGCCUCCAUCGAUAUAAUAAAUAUUUAA